AUGGCGACGAUGCUGAUGGUGUGGCGCAGUGCGGUGUGUGCCCUGGCGCUCCUCGCGCUGCUCUGCACCUCCGUGUGGGCGGAUGCGACGAAGGAGGAGGUUGCGACGGCGGGGGAUGUCAAUGUGUCCGUGGAGGUGUCGUGUGCGAGGGAUGAACAAAAUGUAAGGUGGCGUUUUCCUGGCGAGAGUGAAUGGACACCGUGUGCAACCGCCACGGAGGCUUCUGUGGAGAGGCUCUCGGAGGAGGGAAUUCUCACUGAAUCUCUUUGUCACUUGGCUCAAGAGAAGCUCUCGGGGACCGAUUGUGUGGCUCGCUGCGCUCCAUCCCCGUCAGGCGGCACCGCUGCCGUGUGCACGAUGAACUAUCCGUUGUAUCCCCAGAGCCAACUUUAUCAGCGGUGGGAAACUUCACAGGCAACGCUCGGCAGCGCCUCGUCUUCGCUUGAAGGCAGCCGUGCGGCAGACGGUGGGAAGGCGUCGGGUGAGUCUUCGGCAACGGCGGGAGGGCGAGCAGGUGGCAGUGCAGGUUCACCAGCAGGCGCAGCUUCAGCUCCUCAGGGCCCAUCCAAAACGGCUGUUCCCACUUCCCCCGCCGGCGGCGAUGAUGGAACCACCACUACAACGACCACCCGCAGUCCCAGUGCUGGGAGCAACGCAAAAAGCAAUGCGGACAGCGGUGACGCCAUCGCCACGGCGUGGCUGUGUGCGCCUCUUCUGCUUCUGCUCACGGCUGCCCUUGCCUGCGCUGCCGGGUAA